GAAACAUUGUUUGGUCAGGUUACAGGGAGGGAAGGUUCAUGUUACAGAGCACUGGGCUCACCUGCUGAUCUGACAGUAGGAUCCAGACUCAUUCAUUCAUACACAAUUGCUCAGCUUUCCAUAGCAUCUGGUUGCCCCGUGCCACAGCAUGGCUCAAACUCAGCACAGGAGGCUGUAUGCCUGUUCCUCCUCCAGCCAGCAGGAUGGUUCAGGCCAGAGGAUGCUAUACACAGGUCCAGACUACAUUCGGGAUUAUAGACCAAAACUGCCUGACUUUACCAGUUACAUUGGGGAAGUGAUGGCACCUAGAGAGAGUACUGGUGAUGUGAGUUACCUGUGCCGUGCUGCCCCCGGCACCCCUUCACCUCUACCCAAGGAGUCAUACGUUGGAGGCAUAGGCUGGGGAGUGUCUGAUUUCAGCUACCUCAAUAGAAGGCAACUUCUCAAUAGCUAUCAAAUCAAGCAUGGACAGUUCCGCAAAGCUUGUGAAGAAAAUACAACUCAUAGGUAUCAGAAUCCAUGGACUCCACCUCCACAAGUUCUUGAUAAAUCGGAAUAUGGAGCCAGAGCUAGGCUGGCAUGGACUGAAGACAAUUAUGACAGUUUCAACAUUCAUGGUGGUGAAGCAUCAAGACUUCAAGAACAUUCAAUUCCAGGACAGGUUUGAAUUAUCAGGAAUGUGAAUAGAAAUGGAGCAAUGAGUGUGGAAGAAGAAGAUGUGCUGUAAACUAUGACUUCCAUCUUACCAAUGGAUGAGAACUGUCAAUGAUAAAUAGGUGUAUCCUGGUGGAACAAA